CGACUUAACCUCUAAUUACCGCAAGCGUCCAAUACCGUCAGCGCGAAAAGUCCAACCGACAAGGAGAGGAAGGAAAGGAAGGACUGCAGAAUCAUGCCAUUCGCAUCGUAGAGGGUCGCGAGUGCGCGACUGCUGCCUCGCUGCCCAUCCUCGAUUGACGCGCAGUUCGGCUGGACGCGCGCGUGUAUACAAGUUGUUGUUGCAGGGAGAUCGCGCGCGCGCGCCCGCUGUCAACAACGUGCACUCGACUCGAGCACGACGAUGGCCGAGACCAACGCCAGGAGGGAAGCGAGGAGGCGGCGAAUAUUGGAGAACUCGGAGAGCCGUCUACGCAGAAUUACGGGGCGAGAGUCGCGCGAUGUGGGCGAAGUCGAGGACAACGACCCAGUGGGCAGCGACAGUCUUAAAGCGGAAUUGAAUUUCGAGGAGGACAAUAUCAGAAACGGCACGUGCAAUAUCGGUGACAAUGCGACACUGCAGGACCACGAGAGAUUCGAAAACGUGCACGAGGGCUUCUUGAACGACACCAGCGAUAAAAAUGCACAUUCCCCAGAGCAAAUGUCCAAGAUAAAAUUUAUAUUGUGCACGUUAUUGUUCAAUCGUGCCAAUCUUAUCUUGCUAGCUGGGAUUGUCAAUAUUUUGCUAGUACUGAAACUCGACAAUUUAUUUCGGCAGGCAGUUAUUAUACCUUAUUUGUUCUUGAUGGUAGGACGUGUCUACCGCUGUAUGACAUUACACGAGGCACAAGACGGCAAUUUGUUAAGUGCCGUUUUGUUAUUGUGCAAUAUCAAGCCCAGAUUCGUUUAUAUGUGCAAAGUGUCGUUUACGUUAUUUACCAUAGUUCUUAACGAUUUCUGUUUGUACAUGUUUAGUUUUGUAUUGAUGCGCUAUGUCGUCGUUCGUUACUACUACCAUGACGCUGCAGUACCACUGAAUGCAUAAUUAUUCGUGGUAAUUGCGUGAAUACAUUGGAGUUCUAUUGACGAGAACUUUUGUACAGGUGAAAAAGACGUUCUUGGAGGAAUACAAAUUCCGAUAAACUGCACCGUUGAGAAACGUACAGUUGUAUCGGACUUUUUUACGUCUUCGUUGUGUCGUGACUGAAUGCAUGCGCAAGUGUCGUGUACAAACACAUCAAUUUUUCUAGAAUACAUGUAAUUAUAUAUAAUUUAAAAAUAGAUUUUGUACUUGUAAUACAAUUACUCUUUGUAACUCACAUUUGUGUCAAGGCUGUAAAUUCGCAACGUUUUGAAAAUCUCUUCCCGUUUCUUUUUCCACGGUUAUUAAAGUUAUCUAUUUUAAGCGCGUUGAUAGGAUUAUGUAGAAAUAAAAAGUGGAGUCGAUAAGCGGUCACUCGACGUUCUAUCUCUAUUUUAUGGAAAUAAAUAUGGAAAUACAAAAAAUAAAUACAAAAUAAACUU